UUAUUUAUUGUACCUCUUUGCGCCUCACUACUAUAAGACACAUUUUCCCUCCUUUCCUUUUCCCUCACAACUCUCAACUCUCAACUUGCUCCGUCUCUCCUCUCUCAUACUGCUUCUCCUCUCGGGUGAGAAGAGGAGUUAGUUUUCGGGUGUGGGAAGGUGCAACUAAUAAAGGGAGUUGGGCCCCUCAGUCACAUGGACGCAUCAACGGCUUUAAUGAUCCUAUCCGCAAUAGCGGCUUAUUUAAUAUGGUUCACCUUUGUGACUCGCUCCCUCAAGGGUCCACGUGUCUGGCCCCUAUUGGGCAGCCUCCCAGGCCUUAUCCAACACGCCAGCCGCAUGCAUGACUGGAUCGCCGACAACCUCCGCGCGUGCGGCGGCACGUACCAAACCUGCAUCUGUGCCAUCCCUUUCCUCGCCCGAAAACAGUGUCUGGUGACAGUCACGUGCGACCCCAAAAACCUGGAGCACAUCCUGAAGCUCCGCUUCGACAACUACCCCAAGGGCCCUACGUGGCAGUCCGCAUUUCAUGAUUUGUUAGGCGAGGGUAUCUUUAAUUCCGAUGGUGACACGUGGCUCUUCCAGCGAAAAACUGCCGCGCUGGAAUUCACAACGCGCACGCUGCGGCAGGCAAUGGGGCGUUGGGUGAACCGAGCCAUCAAGAACCGGUUCUGUCCCAUUCUAGCCGCGGCUCAGAGGGAGAAGAAGCCGGUGGAUCUUCAAGACCUCUUGCUUCGGCUGACGUUUGACAACAUAUGCGGGUUGGCUUUCGGGCAAGACCCCCAGACUCUAGCCGCGGACCUUCCAGACAACGCUUUCGCUCUCUCGUUCGACAGCGCCACGGAAGCCACUUUACAACGCUUCAUUCUGCCAGAAAUCAUGUGGAAGCUCAAGAGAUGGCUUCGACUCGGAAUGGAAGUGAGCCUAAGCCGCAGCCUCAAACACAUCGACCAAUACCUCUCCAACAUCAUCGAGAACCGCAAACUCGAGCUUCUGAAUGGAGGUGGGUCCCUCCACGACGAUUUAUUAUCUCGCUUUAUGAGAAAAAAGGAAUCCUACUCCAACGAGUUUCUCCAACACGUGGCGCUCAACUUCAUCCUCGCUGGACGUGACACGUCAUCCGUUGCCCUCAGCUGGUUCUUCUGGCUCUGCAUUAAGAACCCGCGCGUGGAGGAAAACAUCCUCACCGAACUUUGCACCGUUCUGAUGUCCACACGUGGACAAAACAUCUCCACCUGGCUGGAGGAGCCCCUCGUGUUCGAGGAGGUGGAUCGCUUGGUCUACCUCAAGGCCGCGCUCUCCGAAACGCUGCGUUUGUACCCCUCCGUGCCGGAGGACUCAAAGCACGUGGUGAACGACGACGUUUUGCCGAGUGGAACCUUCGUUCCAGCAGGGUCGGCGGUGACCUAUUCCAUUUACUCGGUUGGGAGGAUGAAGUUCGUUUGGGGAGAGGAUUGCCUGGAGUUCAAGCCGGAGCGGUGGCUCUCGCCGGAAGGUGACAAGAUUCAGGUUCAGGACUCUUACAAGUUUGUCUCUUUCAACGCGGGACCGAGACUGUGCUUGGGGAAGGACCUGGCGUAUCUGCAGAUGAAGUCCAUCGCGGCCGCAGUGCUCCUCCGCCACCGCCUGGCCGUGGCUCCCGGGCACCGCGUGGAGCAGAAGAUGUCGCUGACACUCUUCAUGAAGUACGGGCUGAAGGUGAACGUGCUCCCUCGGGAUCUCCGCCCGCUGCUGGAAAAGAUAACAAGUACUUUGAAUGCUAAGUGAUCAUGCGCAUGCUCGCUCUUCAUUUACUUAAUUAAACAGAUGGAUGAUAAUAUAAUAUAAUAUAAUAUAGAUACAUCAUCGGAUUAAAUAAAGGAAUAAUAAUUACUUAUAAGAAUACUUAAUUAAUAUAGAAUGAUGAUGUGUCGUCCUUCCCUUUAAUUUGUGUUAUUAGUUUACUUAAUUACGUACCUUAAGGUUAAGGUUAAGGUGUCUACUGUCUAGUGUAUAGAUGAAAUUUGCAUUAAUAUUGCAUGCCUUUACUCUACUCACCAAUGUGAUGUGGAGUGGAGGGAUGCAUGAUAGUAUAUGUUUUGUAAACAUUUUAUUAUAAGGUAAUGGUGCAGUGGUGAAACGCCAACUAUUUCGUGAUA